AUGAUGCUCCCAGUAGUCUCUAGAGCCUCAACUCUCGGCGACAGGAACUACAAGGCCCCCACUAAGUUCCCCAUCGGGCCGUUUCAGAAGUACGAGAACAACCCCAUUCUCACGCCAAACCCUGACAACGAGUUUGAAAGCGCAUAUAUAUAUAAUGCAACUGCCAUCGUUGUAGACGACAAAGUGUACUUGCUUUAUAGGGCCCAGAACGCAGCCAAGUUGUCACUGGUGGGUCUAGCCUGGUCAACAGACGGGGUCAACUUUGUCAGAUACCAUAAACCUAUCAUCACAGCCACAGAGCCCUGGGAACAGGGUGGAGGAGUUGAAGACCCAAGAAUCGUUAGAGACCCCGUGUCCAAGCUCUUUAUUGUCACGUAUACCGCCUACGAUAAACAUUUUGCUCGUCUCUGUGUAGCUACCUCGGAAGACUUGUUCAACUGGAACAAACUUCCCUCGUUCAUUCCACCAACUUGGCAUGAUGUCUCAUACGACGGAAAUGGAAACCCAAGUAUUCGUCGUCAAUGGCUGAAGUCGGGUGCCAUCUUCACCGAACGGGCUCCAGAUGGUAAGUACUACAUGAUCUGGGGGGACAGCGCCUUGUAUUUGGCUGAGUCUGAUGAUUUGGUUCAUUGGAAACUACCUACUCAAGACUUCAGACAAGAUACCUUUGCUGGAGUCCAGUACGAUUUCGAAAGCAAAUUGAUUGAGCUGGGUCCCGCACCGGUCAAGAUGGGAAAUGGUACAAAUCAGUGGAUCUUCGUCUACAAUGCUGAUACGACAGGAACAGACGACUUGCCUGCUAAUACUUAUACCAUCAGUCAGAUGCUUGUCGACUACGACAACAUUAAGGCUGGACCUGUAAAAAGGUUGUCUGAGCCCAUCCUCAAGCCUGAAAAAGAUAACGAAAAGAAUGGCCAGGUUAACAAGGUUGUAUUCUGCGAAGGCAUGGUCCAGUUCAAGGGCAAGUGGUUCUUAUACUUUGGCCAGGCAGAUUCCGAAUUGGGAGUGGCUAUUGCUCCGGUAGACUAA